AUGUCCGAAAAAAAGGACCCGGUCAAUUUCAUCGAAAUCGAACUGCUGUGGCCACAGUCGCCGUCGCCAGUGCCUGAAAAGAUCGGUCUGGCUCCUUCAAUCCCCAAGGAAGUCUACAACUACAAGCUAGUUCUUGUAGCUAUAGCUGCUGCUUCUGCUGCAACCAUCAUAGGGUACGAUUCGGGGUUCAUUGGAGGCACGGUUUCCCUUGAAUCGUUUCGAGAGGAGUUUGGCUUCAACCAGAUGUCCUCCUCGAAGCAGACAGACAUCGCGUCGAACGUUGUGUCUGUGUUUCAAGCAGGCGCUUAUUUUGGAUGUCUAUUCUUUUAUCCGGUGGGUGAGCUUCUUGGGCGUCGUGUUGGGUUGUUUUUGUCGGGGUUUUUUCUCACGUUUGGCGCUGCCAUCUCGUUGAUCUCCAACAAAGACCGGGGGUUGGGCGCUAUUUACGCUGGACGGGUUCUUACCGGCCUAGGUAUUGGUGGCUGUCUGGGCCUUGCGCCAAUCUAUGUUUCAGAGAUCUCUCCAGCUGCUAUCAGAGGCAAACUUGUCGGAUGCUGGGAAAUAGCGUGGCAGGUUGGAGGCAUGGUGGGCUACUGGAUCAACUACGGUGUGCUUGAAAACCUUGAGCCUUCUAGAAAGCAGUGGCUCAUUCCCUUUGCCAUUCAGCUUGUUCCUUCGGGGCUCUUUUGGGCCCUCACGGUGGCUCUCCCAGAGUCGCCCCGUUAUCUCAUUGCCAAGGGUAACAUGGACCAGGCAAGGGAGAAUUUGGCGUAUCUACGGGGCUUCUGCCCAACCACCCUUACUCUGUGUACGAGAUGA